AUGGUUGACUACGAGCAGCACGGGGAGGCCCCCGAGUCCGAGUGCGACAUGGCGUGCGCCGGCGCCUCGGACGAGGCGUGCGGCGGCUACGACAGGAUGUCUGUCUGGUCCUAUAGGACGACGUCUGUCACCGACACCGACUUCACGUGCGACGGGAUCCAGAGGGGUGACUUCUGUUGCUCGGCGUGCGGCGGCUACGACAGGAUGUCUGUCUGGACCUAUAGGACGACGUCUGUCACCGACACCGACUUCACGUGCGACGGGAUCCAGAGGGGUGACUUCUGUUGCUCGGUAGGUGGGGUCUUUCCGUACAACGAGCGGUUCUUGGUUGGCGGGUGGGUGUGUAGUGCUCGAUUCGGCGUCAGCCCAAAUCAAACCGCUCCGCUGCUGAAAACGAUGGUGGUAUUGGGUGGAUUGUGGUGGACGACGUCUGUCACCGACACCGACUUCACGUGCGACGGGAUCCAGAGGGGUGACUUCUGUUGCUCGGUAGGUGGGGUCUUUCCGUACAACGAGCGGUUCUUGGUUGGCGGGUGGGCCGGGUGCGGCGAGUGCGGCGGCGAAGGCUGCAGCAAUCGCGGAGAGGGUUUGGACGGAGACGACUGCUGCCAGAGCAACAUCGAGGACAACGGGAACAUGUGCUCCGUCACCGGCAAGGCUCCUUGCAUGAUCGACUAAGAAACCGAGUGUUAACUUCGUGUCUGGCGUCGUUCUGCCACUGCUCUCCCUGCCGUGUCACACGGUGGAACGGCGUCGAUUGUUUACUCGCGACAAGAGCAUCAUGUGGACCUAGAGGAACGGGGUUGUCGCCACAAUACGGUCAGAAGAGGUGGGUAGGGUGGGAANUUACUCGCGACAAGAGCAUCGUGUGGACCUAGAGGAACGGGGUUGUCGCCACAAUACGGCCAGAAGAGGUGGGUAGGGUGGGAGGCAACCGCGCUGUACAUUUUGGGAGAGCAGGAGCGGCUCUGCCUCGCGCGUCAUGGUCAUGGUUGUGGUUGACAACCCUAUGCAACCAACGGCUGGUCCGGCACACAUCUUCAUUGGCUCUAUGUUUGAUUGUUGUUUUCUCAGCAGGAGCGGGGGGGGGGUUGUACAACCAAUGUGAUGACUGAUGAUACAUUUCUUGGUGACUUUGUUGGUAUAUACUUGGCUGCUUCCAAUGUUAACAAGCCGUGUACUCUUCAGCUUGUUGCCGAGUACCAAUCAGAAUGUGGAGCCCCUGUACGCAGUGUAGUAGCCCGUGUGGAGCACCCGGACUUCGGGAUGAAUCUUUUUCUAGCUUGAUUAUGAUUUGUAUUGCUCGGUUACGAUUAUUUUGGCUGACGAUCUGCUUCGUUCAGUGGUGAAUUCCAUUGCUUGUUUUUGUGAUUUCUCUACAGCUUGAUUAGGAGGUGUUUCGCUAGACUAUGAUUUAUUUUGGUGGACGAUCUGAAUUAUUGCUUGUUAUUAUGAUUUUGCUUGCUUGAUUAUGAGGUGUUUCGCUCGAUUAUGAUAUAUUCUGGUUAACAAUCUGCUUCAACAAUCAAGAUAUAGAAGCGGUAACCUUGGUGGUGGCGAUAGAGUAUACACAUUUCAGGCGCUCGGGAAUACUCCGUAGUAUAUAUUUCAGGAAUCUGGGUCUUGCGACAAUCUCGUGAUCGAUGUUUUGCAUUUCCUUGGCCGNAGAGUAUACACAUUUCAGGCGCUCGGGUAUACUCCGUAGUAUACAUUUCAGGAAUCUGGGUCUUGCGACAACCUCGUGAUCGAUGUUUUGCAUUUCCUUCCGCCAUUCGACGCCUCUGCGCAGCAACAAGUUGGUAGUACGACAUCAAAUAGUUUGAACGUAUGGAAUACUUGUCCGAUUUACGUCGGUUCGUGCACGGUGGGGUGUAUCGGGGGAAAUUGGUGCAGGUUCGUCUGAUUUCCUCGGACGGCCGACCGUCUUGUACUAUUGGACAGAUUAGUACCAAGGAAUGCGCUGAGAAAAUAAGGAGAAGAAGGGACAUUGUCGGGCGUUGAAACGAUCAAUGGCUGGGGUGUUCCGUGAAUGCGUGGUCGGAAAAUAUCGUUUUCGCCUGCAUUUUGUCGGCGGGUGAUUAACCAUAAAGCUGUAAAUAGCCCCGCAAACAAGGGAGUGAGGCAUGUUACGGCUUGGUGAGUCAGGGAGAGGCCAUCCCAGAAUAGCAUAGAACAUGGAGGAAGCAUGCGCUGACAACGCUACCAGGAGUGUACAACAAUGAGCACCUGGUGCCCUAUGUUCGGUGCCAUUGAAUGCAAAUAGACUAGGGUAUGAGCUAGGUGUUUUUUGGUCAGCCAAUCCUCUCUGGCAGAUACGGAGGGUAGCAAGGUUAAGAUGUACGAACAUGGAGUGCGACGACGACGACUUAUCCAUCUCAGGUCGCUGGUGAACAAGCGCGUUAUGUGGGCAUGGUGUUUGUCCACUGAAUGUUUGAAGCGAUUGGGUCUUUCUUCAUCAUCUGUAUUGCGUCUAUUUUAUGUUCCUGUCUCAGUCCACCAACAUCGUUAGCGUUCUUCAACCUAGUGGUGGACUUGCGCUUGAGCCUCGUAUUCUUGACUCUGUGUGCUCUCUUGUGCGGAGGGCUACGGAGAUGUCCAGUCGUUUCUUCUCCUUUGGAACAUGGGGAAGGAAGAGGAGAAGCUGGAGAAAGGUCAGAACAAUUGUUGAUGGCGUAAACAAAUAGUCUACUGCAUGCUCUGUAGUGUUGAAGACUCAACAACAACAGCAACAUACAGUGUGUGGGGGUGCCAGGCAGAGUACUGAUCUACGGGGCCUCAAGGGGUUGAGUGGAUGACCUGUGUACGAUGGAUAUGCUGCGUGAGGAUCGCCUUGUCUCCCGCAUGUCUAUCAUUAUCGUGCUGGGUGCUGCAGCUUCGUCCAAGACCGAAAGAGAAACAUGUUGACUCAAGAUCAUAUCGUUAACGAGUGACAGACAUGAGGUGCCCCACCGCCCCCCCGUCCCAGAUCCAAUACUGUUCGGAUCAUCCCCCACCUUCCUGCUAUUUUUUCUUGCAGCCGCCGUAUGUUCGGGCUCAGUUCUUACGUGUGUGCGCGUUGGUAUACCACAAUGGGCGAGUUCGUAUUCUUCAUGCCAUGUCGGAACUGAGAACCUGUGCUUUAGGCCAUAAAGUUCUGAGCUUUCGAAUGUGUUUUGGAUAUGUCCUUCACUCCCAGGUUGUUUUAGGUACCCAUCUUCGCAUUCCCUUUGCUCCCAGUGUAACGGGAGUUUCCUUUCCAACCCUCAGGGUUCUUGCCGGGUUCUUCUUGGAGCUUCAUGUGAUGCUAAAUAGGUUGGGUUGAGCCCUCCUUCUUCAGCCUCCCCUUGGUGGUGCCUUUCCAAGGAGUUCUGGGGCCUUUGCGUGCCUCCCGCGGAGAGAUUGAGAAGAACCGGAUGUAGUACCCAACCUUGUCCUGAAUGAAAUGGCUUGAUGCAAGGGAAACGGGCCACUUUAUUGUGGUUUCUCUUUCGGAUGGCUCCAUUGCUUAUUUUGUUUCUAGGCCACGCGUUGGGGAGAGAGACACACGGAGAACGCAUGUGGUCUCGCCGGCAGAUUGAAUACGAGGUGAGACCCGUCUCUCUCCCCACAAAUAACACCAGCCGGGGGCCUACAACUGCAAACGCAGGAGUCCCACAACCGACCAAGUCCCCCAAUGGUACAAUUCAUUCUACAACACCGAUAUCGAGGUCGUUUUCUGGACGAAUACCGUGUGGUCGACUUUCUGUUUCCCUCCCCCCGGCUGUCUCGUGGCUAUUCUGAUGCUACCUCCGUGCGCUUCCGCGACACCGUUCGCGACGCCACUGCUCUUUGUUCUGAGCGUACGGUUUGUAUGCAUCCGACCUGCACUCUCCCUCUCUCAAAAGUGCUCGUUCUGCGAUGUCUCCGCUUGAUGCUGAAGUCGUCGCUCCUCCAACCGCAAGAAGUGGAAUGCGUACUUCCGGGGUUUCGCCCGGACAUCGCAACCGCCGCACGGAGGGCAGCGCCAUGCUUCUUCCUACGUGAUAUUUGCUCGUCGCCGUCAGGUCAACUUAGACAGCACAUUUGUCGGAAGCGCUUCUAUCCUGCGCUGCCCGUACCGCAGUUACGGAGGGGGGGGGACGUACUCUUAUGUUUCGCAUGCCUUAGCGGUUAGACCAUUGACCACGUGUCCUCGAGAGGACGGAGCAUUGUUCCCACAGGACCGAUCACCGAUGGUCAAUCGUUCCUUUCUACUUUGCCAAAGGUGACUCAAAAAUGUCUUCCCUGGUCUGUCUAUCCUAACGACAUCCCUUCCCGCCUUUUCAACCCACCUCCUAUGCCCGAGUUUUCGUGUGUUUGGAUACGGACUGGUUCGAUCUACCGGUAACAACAGAAGGCACGCAGAUGGGGCAUAUGUACGCCUUGAAAUGGUUGCAUGUGCGGGGACCCCUCGAACUCCAAAGAGGGCUUCACUUUUCCCUACUCCCCUUGCGUGUCUAAUACAAGAGAUAAAACGUCUUCCCCUUCCAAGUAAAGGACAUAUACGAACACACCAGNACGAACACACUAGUGUCAGUCCCUCGAGGGAGAGUCCAUUAGGAAUGUCAGGUCGCAAAGAUGGGGGUGACUCCUCCAGCGACUCUGCGGCGGAAGACAGAAAGAGGUCAAGAGAAGAGCUCGUGGCCCUGAGGAUGCAAGUCAGCUCGCUGACGAAUCAGAUGAGCCAGCUAAUGUCGCUAGUGGAAGUNCUCCCCUUGCGUGUCUAAUACAAGAGAUAAAACGUCUUCCCCUUCCAAGUAAAGGACAUAUACGAACACACCAGUGUCAGUCCCUCCAGGGAGAGUCCAUUAGGAAUGUCAGCUCGUAAAGAUGGGGGUGACUCCUCCAGCGACUCUGCGGCGGAAGACAGAAAGAGGUCAAGAGAAGAGCUCGUGGCCCUGAGGAUGCAAGUCAGCUCGCUGACGAAUCAGAUGAGCCAGCUAAUGUCGCUAGUGGAAGUUACCAUGAAGGCAAGCAAGAAAGAGGAGCCAGCUGGCACCAUGGAGGGUGCCGCUGAUCGCGGCGAUGCUAGGGAGAGCGCCGCCGCGGAGUCCACGAACGCCGAAGGAGAGGCACGNGAGGUGAGAGUAGCCGCUGCUCACAACCAAGAUUAUAGUAGUGCCAUGGGCGAUGGUGAUGCUGCUGUUGGCUUUGGGUACGGAGCCACAACCCCAGCGACGGGGUACCAAAGUGUGCGGUACACUUCUCCUCCGUUCAGCGGGAAAUCGAAAGAUUUCAACGAAUGGCUAAAUGAUUUCCGCAUGGCAGCUAAUGGCGCAAACCUGUUGGAACAAUUUGAAGAGAGCGGGAGCUUGGAGAUCCCCGUCAACAGCGGAAAGAGCAAGUUUUCGCUGUCACAGCAGUACCGGAGCGAGCAAGUAGAGCUCGCAUUCCACGCGUGGAACUUCCUGUCUCACGCGUUGAAAGAAAAUGUUCGGAAAAUCAUGAAGAGGGCAGAGACGCCCCAGGGAGCUCUUCGUAAGCUCAAGACCAUACACGACCCUGAAUUAUCUGUGCAGCCGUUAGAGGACCUCAAGUCCCUGACGUCGACCAAAAUCUCUAGAGGUGAAACCCCCCAAAACGCCCUCAAUGAGAUGCUCCAAACCGCAAAGUCCUUAACCGAGAAAGGACUAACUGUCAACGAAACGUUCGUCCUUCACCUCUUCCUGGAUGCCCUUUCGGACGAGUAUGCCAUGACAAAGCACAACCUGCGACACGGGAAGGAGUUGACGCGGACCGGUGUGCUAAAGGAAGUAAUGAUCGAAAACAAGGCGUUCAAGGACAAGCUGGAGCAGGGGAAAGGAAAAGGGGCGAAGGGCGCAAAGCAAGCGUACUUCGCC